CCAACUGCUCUAUAAAUAGGUUCCAGGGCCUGGACACUGCAUUAGAACACAGAGCAAGGACAGGCGAGCCACACGCUCUUUAAAAUUCUUCUACACUUGACGGAGCAGUAGUAGUAGUAGUAGUAGCACCAGUAGUUUCUGCUUUAGGUUUGCGUAAGAAUUAAACAUGAACAAGCCCAAAAUUCUCAGACCAGAGGAAUGUCAGCCAGCUCAUGCCAUUUGGUUUGACAGGAAGAAAUAUGUUACCGUUAACUUCAAGGUUCAGAAACCUAAAGAUGUUCGGGUUGACAUUCAGCCAGACAAAGUGAUCUUGUGCUGCAAAAAUGACACAGAUGACGUGUUUUACAAUGAGCUGCACUUGUACGACAAAAUCCAAAUCCAUGACUCCAGGGAAAGAGUCUAUGACCGCCAUAUUAACUUCCUGCUCAGAAAGAUGAAGCCUGACUGUCAGUGGCCACGUCUACAGAAAGAUUCUGGAAAGCCCAGUUGGAUUUCUGUGGACUUUGAUAACUGGAGAGACUGGGAGAACGAGGAAGAUGACGGAAAGGAAGAGUUUGAUAAAUACAUGGAUAUGAUGCAAGAAAUGGCUUCAGGUAACAAAGGAAAGACACCAGACAUGGGUGACCUCAGUGAUUUUGUGACGUCUGUUGUGUCCUGCUGCCCCGCUGAGUUAAAGCAAGAAGUUGGCACAAAGAAAGAAACUGUCAAGGGUUUCAAUAUCAAGCUGCAGGACACCAUCUUGUUUCCUGAGGGAGGCGGACAACCCGAUGACCACGGGCUGAUCGGCGACGUCCCCGUCCUCAGGGUGACGCGGCAGGGACCGGACGCGGUACACUUUGUGACUUCACCCGUGGAGGUGGGUCAGGAGGUGCAGGUGAAGGUGGACUGGGAGAGACGCUUUGACCACAUGCAGCAGCACUCGGGUCAGCAUUUGAUCACGGCACUGGCAGAUUCAAUGUUUGGAUACAAGACCACAUCCUGGGACCUAGGACGUCAGAGAAGCACCAUUGAGCUGGACACUCCCUGCAUGAAGCCUGCACAGCUCCAAGCUCUGGAGGAAGCCAUUAACGAGAAGAUCAGAGCUCAAGUCCCCGUCACUGUUCAGCUUCUCUCCAUUGACGACCCUGCUGUGGAAAAGGUGAGGAGUCGAGGGCUGCCAGAUGAUCACGCUGGACCGAUCCGCAUCAUCGAUAUCGAGGGCGUCGAUGCCAACAUGUGCUGUGGAACUCAUGUUUCUAAUCUCAGUCACUUACAGGCAAUAAAGCUCUUGGGAUCCGAGAAGGGAAAGAAAAACAAAACCAACCUGAUCUUCCUGGCGGGAAACAGGGUUCUGAAGUACGCAGAGCGAAGCUACAGCACAGAGCGCUCGCUCGUGUCUCUUCUCAAAACUGGACCUGAUGAGCAUGUGGAGGCUGUCGACAAGCUGCAGAAAUCUGUGAAGCUGCUACAGAAAACAAACCUCACUCUGCUGCGAGACAUGGCCGUGCUCAUCGCUCAGAAUUUUAACAACAACCCAGAGAGAGGAAACUUCUUCACUUUACACAAAAAAGAGGGUGAUAAUGAGUUCAUGAAUAUUAUCGCCAAUGAAUUAAACACUGAGGAAACCGUGGUGUUCCUCACAGUUGGAGAAGACAAAGGACCUGGUUUGUUUCUGUUGGCCGGACCCAGUGGACCAGUGACUGCGAUGGGACCACGGGUGCUGGAGAUGCUCCAGGGGAAGGGGGCGGGGAAGAACGGACGCUUCCAGGGCAAAGCCAACAGCCUGGCGAGGAGAGCGGAGGUGGAGGCUUUUCUGCAGCAGCACGGCAAACAUCACACCUCAGAGGAGGAAUAAACCCACAAACUACUCAAUCUAACGCACAGAAUCCAACAAGGAGAAUUCACUUGACUUGUCUUAACUAUUCAGAUUUUGUGUUAAACACAAAAGAAAGUGUAAAUUAGUUGAUGAUUAAUGUGAAAAAGUAUAAUAAAUGUACAUAUCUUGGC